CUUUGACUGUUACGCACCGCAACACCCCUGCCAGUCUAUCGGUGGUGCUUACAUGCAGGCCAGGUGGACGCACACUUACUUAAGGAGUGGAGGCGCUGGAAUCGAUGACUGACCAGCGGGUCGGCAAUUCUUCGGACUCUCUGUCUCGACGGAGGCCCAAUUUCUCCACGCGCACCGCUGAAGAAGAUGUCUCCAGAUUAGAUCCUAGCGAAUCGACCAAAGCAUCACCAGAAGACAGUAGUAAAGCCUUCCACGGGAAAAGUGCAGGUUUAAAUCAUCAGGACCGUCAGAAUGAACCGCUGAGCUCAUCUCCACAUUCGCCUGAGCGGCACCGUCACUCGCUUCCUACCAAUGUCCUCAGUAAUGCCACCCAAUGGUGGGGAGGGCAGGGCAGUGAUGGAAGGCAUGAUUUCCCUAGGGAAAGGAUCCUUCCUCCACCCCCAGCUUCAGGGCCCUUUAGAGAGUCUGGCGUAGACCAGAAAGAGCGCGAGGCUCAGAAACGAGUUUCCGAAAAUUAUGACAAGCUUGGGACGUUUUCAGGGGUCUUCGUACCAACGACCUUGAACGUCUUGAGCAUUUUGAUGUUUCUCAGGUUCGGAUUCAUCCUUGGGCAAGCUGGACUGCUGGGAAUGUUUGGUCUGCUUGCCAUUUCGUACACCAUCAACCUGGUGACGACGAUGUCUCUCUCCGCUAUCGCGACUAACGGUACGGUCCGAGGUGGCGGCGCAUAUUACCUGAUUUCGCGCUCACUAGGCCCCGAGUUUGGUGGUUCCAUUGGGAUUGUGUUCUAUCUCGGAUAUGUGCUGAACACUGGCAUGAACGCUGUGGGUCUAGUUGAUUGUUUCAAGCAAAAUUUUGGCACAGAAUCUGGUACCUGGGCCAAUUUCCUUGAAGAGGGCUUCUGGUGGCAGUAUCUCUGGGGAACCAUCAUUCUGGUCCUAUGUACUGGCAUAUGCUUGGCUGGAAGCUCUAUCUUCUCCAGAGCCAGCAACGGACUGCUGGUGAUCUUGCUUGCUGCAACCUUCAGCAUACCUUUGUCUGCAGUAUUCAUGAAACCGUUCAGUAUCCCCAAAAUUGGGGUCGAAUUCACGGGUUUCCGUUUACAGACGUUGUUAGAAAAUCUCAAGCCCAAGCUCACUAAAGGCGCGGCGGGCAGCCAGCUCCCAGGUCGUGAGAAUUUUCAAGACCUGUUUGGUAUCUUAUUCCCUGCUACUGGGGGUAUUUUCGCCGGUGCUAGUAUGUCUGGAGACCUGAGAAACCCCAGCAAGUCCAUCCCGAAGGGUACUCUGUGCGGCUUGGGGCUCACGUUUGUGACCUAUACUUUGGUCAUCGUCGCCAUGGCUGCAUCCAUAACACGGGAGUCAUUUUACAAAAAUGCCAAUGUCGUACAAGUAGCUAAUCUCUCGGGGGCUCUUAUCCUCAUGGGGGAGUUCGCGACGAGUUUCUUCUCCUCAUUGAUGGGAGUCAUCGGGUCAGCUAAGCUGCUACAGGCUAUUGCGCGAGAUGGUCUGCUUCCCGGACUCGGGGUCUUUGGGCAGGGCACGAAGAAGGCCGAUGAGCCUGUCUACGCGAUUAUCAUAACGUUCAUAGUCGCCCAGGUCACGAUGCUGUUCGACAUCAAUCAAAUUGCCUCAUUUGUCACCAUGACCUAUCUAAUGACAUUCUUGGUAACAAAUCUCGCCUGUUUUCUACUGAAGAUCGGAUCUGCCCCAAAUUUCCGGCCAUCCUUUCACUACUUCAAUUGGCAGACAGCAGCAACAGGUACCUUGGUCUGCGGCGCGAGCAUGUUCUUUGUGGAUGGCGUCUACGCUUCUGGCUGCGUCGCGAUACUGAUGCUACUCUUCCUCCUUAUCCACUAUAGUUCACCGCCAAAGCCAUGGGGCGAUGUGAGCCAGAGCCUGAUCUACCACCAGGUGCGAAAGUAUCUACUUCGGCUUCGGCAAGAGCACGUUAAAUUCUGGCGACCCCAGAUUCUGUUGUUUGUGACCAGCCUGGAAGAACAAUCUCGGAUGAUCUCCUUCUGCAAUUCUUUAAAGAAAGGCGGCUUGUUUGUGUUAGGUCAUGUCCUUGUCACAGACGACUUCUCCGCAGCCGUGCCGGAAGCCCGCCGUCAACAGAGUGCAUGGACCAAAUUUGUUGAGAAUUCUCGAGUUAAGGCAUUCGUUAACAUCACAGUUUCCCCCACCCCGGAAUGGGGAAUUCGCAAUGUCGCUUUGAGUGCGGGGCUAGGCGGCAUGCGACCAAACAUUGUCAUCAUCGACCAGUUCCGCAAAGGCCGGUCGUUGGUGGAAAGAUAUCAACCCACGAACCGAAGAGAUUCGGGACGGAAAGACUCAGGCAGCAGACGCGUCUCGCGUGAAGCAUCUACGGACAUGGAAGACUCGCCAAAAACGCCAAUGGUCUGCAGAAGUUAUGUGACGAUCUUGGAGGAUCUACUUUUCAAGCUGCGCAUCAAUGUUGCUGUAGCCAAAGGGUUCGAGAAUCUGGAGCUUCCCGGCCCGCACGGACAGCACGCGAAGAAGUAUAUUGACCUCUGGCCGAUCCAGAUGAGUGCAGAACUAGGCGCGGACACCGAGAGCAAGAAGAACGUUUUGACUACGAACUUUGACACGUACACGCUGAUUCUGCAAUUGGGUUGUAUUCUCAACACCGUACCCUCUUGGAAGAAGACAUACAAAUUACGGGUAGCGGUAUUCGUUGAGUACGAGACUGAUGUCGAAGACGAACGCGGCAGAGUUGAGGCGCUGCUCGAAAAGCUCCGAAUUGAAGCCGAGGUUCUGGUGUUCUGGCUUGCAUGUGGCGAUCUCAAAGCGUACCGCAUCAUUGUGAAUGGCGAGAUAACUCCCGAGACGGAGGGCUAUGCAGACCGUGUACACGAAGCUCUCAAGGAUGAGGAUUGGUGGCAAGACACCCAGCGGGCGCGUAGCAUCCACGAAGCACAGAAUCAGGCCGAACUAGGCGCAAUCGCGCACUCGAGGGAGAGGAUGUCCAGUUGGCCUGUUCAGAGUCCGGAAAGUAUCCAGCGACCACCACCGCACCUGGUUGGGGGGCUGAGGAAGCUCAUGCAGUCGUCCAAAAGACGACGAUCCAUCUCCAGCUUCCGUGGUCUCGGCAGCGUCAGCCUCGGCAUGCAGACGCACCGCCUGCUCGACGCUCUCGUGGACUACGACGUCUCCAGCGACUCCAGCACAAGCGAUAGCAGCGACGAGGAAUUCGAACCUUAUCGCGAUGACGACGACUCGGAAGACGAAGGCGAGCAACAGAACGACGACGCCGCCCAAGAUUCCGAGCUAGCACCUGGCACCAUCAAAGCCAAGCAAAGGGCAUCCUCAUCGUCCGACGCCAUCGCCCCGGACCAACCCGUCCCCUCGAUCAUCAUGACAGCCGACACCAGCCCAGACGCAGCAGGGACGCCCCAAACACCGCCCUCACCAUCGACCAUCCCCGUGCGACCGAAACCCUCCCGCUCCCCUUCCAGCAACCGCUUCAGCUCCUCCCCAAUCCCCGAAGCCCGCGUCAACACCGAAGAAGACGGCGCCGGCCCCUCCAUCAUGUUCGCCGCCAGCUCGUCCCCGCCGCGCUCCACCUCCCACCACCGCGUAGACUCAAUCUACACCCGCCGCUCCUCCUCCGGCCCGUCAGCCAUCCUCGCGGCGAAAGCGGCCGCCGCAUCCGGAUACCCGCAGCAGGCGUCCGUGCCCUUCUCGUUCAACGACCUCCCCAGCCGCGCGCAGCAUCUGAUCCUGAACGAGCUGAUGGCGCGGCAUAGCGAGCACACGGCAGUGGUCUUCACGACGCUGCCGUCGCCGUCGGAGGGGACCGCGCAGAGCGAGGCGGCCAGUGCGUCGUAUCUGAGCGAUCUGGAGAUCUUCUGGCAGGGGUUGCCGCCUUGCUUGCUGGUUCAUAGUAACAGUAUGACUGUGACGAUGAAUCUGUGAUUUUAGUUUGGUGGUGGAAUGGACAAUAUAAAAAGAAAAUAAAAAGAUGAAAAGAUGUGCAAGAGAAGAGAAGAAAUACAAAGAGAACAGAAGAGAAAGGAGAUUCACAAGGUCAUUCGCUUGUGUG